AUUGGAAAACAAAAUUAUGCGCUCAAUCAUACGAUGGUGCUGCAGCUAUGCAAGGGGAGUACUCAGGACUACGCACAUAUAUUCAGAAUGAAAACCCCAAAGCAAUUUAUGUGUGGUGUUUCGCACACUUACUUAACCUAGUUAUUGUCGAUACAUUGGAUUCUACAACUGAUACAAAAAUAUUUUUUGGGGAUUUGCAUGGAAUUGUAACAUUUAUGCGAGCCAGAAAAAGAACUGCUUCAUUUUAUGAAUGCCAAAAAAAAUUAAAUAUUGGAUCUAAAGCUAAAGAUAGAAUUCGAAAAAUCAAAAAUUUUUCAGAUACACGGUGGACGUCUCAUGAUCUUGUUAUAACAGUAAUACAUGAUAAGUAUGAAGCUUUAAAAAAGACUUUAGAAUUGCUAUCGGAAUCCACAGACAGAGUAACUGCUUCAAAUGCAAAAUCAUUUUUAUUAAUAAUUUCUUCGUUUCAUUUUGUAUUGGUUCUUAAGCUAAUGAAAAGUAUAUUUGCAAUAACUACACCGACUUCAUGUUAUCUGCAAUCAAAAAGCAUUGAUUUUAUACAAGCCAUUAAAUUGGUAGAUGAAACUAAAAAAAGAUUAUUAGAAUUGCGUUCCGACAAAUAUUUUCAAGAACUUGUACAAAAUACAAAACAAUUUUCCAAUGACCAGAAUCUCUGUGAAAAUGAUUUUAAAAAACUCAGAACGAGGAAAAUCAAAAGAAUGCCUGGAGAAAAUGUACAAGAUGAAAUCAGUUGCUCAGCAUCAGACAGGUUUAGAGUGAACACAUAUUACAAAUGUUUGGACCAAAUAAUUUCAUCUAUAGACAAUAGAUUUAAUAAUGCUAGAGACAUACUUAAAGAUCUUGCAUUACUAUCCCCAGAGCGGUUAAUUGAAGCUAAACAUAAAUCUGAAAUGGAUCUUCCAGAUAAAUGCUUUUUAGAUUUGUCUACAUGGAUUGCUGAUAUUAAUCCAUAUCAACUUAAAACUGAGUAUUUAUUAUUUAGUAAAAGCUUAAAAGAAUUGAUUAUUGGAAUGGAAUUCCCAGAUAAUCAAUCUAAUAAAUCAUCUGAUAUUAACUCUGAUUUGAAAAUUGAUUUGAAUUGGAAGAUGAACAGCUAA